AUAUUUGGUGUAUGUGCAUUGUCCUUCUAGACAGUCUAGUUGAGUCUUUUCCCACGCCUUUUCUAGACUUCCCAAUUGUACCAAAAUAUGUCUGGUUUAUCAAUGCGACCUGAUGUCAAUUUACCGAGAUGAGUCGCAGAAGAAAAUCUUGACGCUUUUGUGGAGAAUCGUUAGACGCUUCUCGAUCAGACUGCGCUAUCAACAAGUUACUGAGGCUGAAUUUGAAAAUCAAAUCAAUUUCUAAACUACAAAACGUAUCAAUUCCGGAAAUGACCGACCUCGGCGAACUAAACCGGUGCCGCUUGUGCUCCUCUGAGAACGGUCUAACCGACGUCUUCAGCGCUCCCAACAAGGACAAGCUUUUGCAAAUGAUCGCCGAGUGCACUUCCAUCAGGAUCACCUUCGAGAUGGACUUUCCCUGUGUGGUGUGCAGUUGCUGCAUCCGAAUUGUGAACCAGUUCUUCACCUAUCGACAGAAAUGCCUGGACUACAACUGCGAGCUGAAUCGAUUGCGCGGAAUGAAGGAACCGCUGCUGGUUGAAGAAGCUGAUUCUAAGGAUAAAUCCGGUUCCAACCAUAAAUUUGAAGCAUUCUACGAGGACGUUCAGAAACGAAUACAGGAGUAUCUUGUGAUACAAGUAAAGGAAAUCGAACGGAAGGCCAUGGAUAAGGUGAAAGAGGAAUUGCAGGGACUCGAUGUUGGACAAGGAGAACACAAAGUUGAAUGCGUUACUGUAGAUACUGUUGAAAUAGGAAAGAGUGAAAUAUGCGAGUCCUCAUCUCGCAAACCAAUCCUUGACGAAAACAGCGAAUUCAGUGAAGGAGAUAUUAUCAGCGAGCGCAAUUCAGAUGCUGACAGUGCCGACGAGGACGACAGCCUAAGCAUAUCAGUGGAAAAACCGAAGGAUCCUUCGGACACUCCGAAGGGACGAGUCAGUAAGUUUAAGAAUCAUGCGAAAUGUACAGCCAAAGACAAUCCAGCAAAGAAGCUCCGAUCGAGUUCACCUUUCAGUCAGAUAUCGAGCGAAGCAUCAGAAGAUCAGCAAGAAACAUCGGCGGAGGAGAAACUAGCGGAAGCCCGGCGAAAAAUCAACUCACUUAUGAAGCAGAACUAUCGACUGGAACUGAAUCAAUUGCGGCGGGAAAGUAGAGGGCCAGCGGAACCGUUUCGAAACUACAAAUCGAACUUCGUCGACCCGAAGGUGAUAGAGAAAAUCAACGCUGAAUGUCCCGUUGGGCUCGAAGGCGACGGAAAGUUCAUCUCCGCCCUGGCAAAUCAGCUGUGGACCCGAGAUCAGUUAGCAGCCCGAUCCGUGCGGGGCAAGCAAUGCUAUCGUCAUCCGGAGUCGUCGACGCACAUCCCUGCCAGCCCGACCAAGGUGUCAUUCAUCCACGACAAACUGAUGCAACGGAUCAACCUAGAGGAACGGGAGGACGAUGAUCCGCGACGUAAACUGCAGUCGCGCGUGUCCCACAAGUUGAAUGAGAAAUUCAACAACGCGAGACGAUUAAAGGAAAAGAAGCAAUCCCGCAAGCGUUAAUUAUUCAACUAUGAACGUAGCCGAUUUAAUUGUUUAGUGUUAAACGUUGGCAUUUCAUAAAGUUUCUAAAUUAAAUUCGUUUGUAUCGUAAUGAACCCCAAAUAGAUCAAAUACAAAUGUUUUUAUGAAGCUGUU